UGCCAGGCGUGACAUAGCGGGGAAUACCCGGGCCGGGACUGAAAUCAUCUUUUCACUCCAGAAGAUACUUUGUCUUUGAGUCCUCAAAUCAAGAUAAACACGAGGAGAAAGGCCUGCAUUCAUUUUUUUGAAUAAGCUAGAAUAAUCGUGCGACGAAGGUGAUGGAGACCGAAUUCAAGAGAGAUUUAUGUGGCGCUGAAGAUCUGCUUCAAUCGUUUCCUCUUCACCGUGCAUGUCGUGAUGGGGAUCUCUGUGCUCUGGCGGGCCUGCUCGGCGAGGCAGUGAUGUCUGUGUGCGAUGCUUCCAUUCAGGAUCCUCUCUUCGGUUGGACACCCGCACACUGGGCUGCUCACAACGGAAAGGUCGAGUGUUUAGAGAUGUUGGUGAAAGCUGGUCUACCCUGUGAUAUUGCUACCCAUGGAACUGGUCUAACUCUAGCUCAUGUAGCGGCUUUAGAGGGACAAAUGGCUUGCCUGACAUGGCUCACUCGAAAUGGCAUCUCCAUCAAUGCACAGGAUCAUAUGGGAGAGACAGCAGCUCAUAAGGCUGUACGAUGUGGUAGUGUUGAAUGUCUACAUAUACUCAGGCAACAUGGUGCUGAUUUAAGUCUUCGAAGUAGUAUAGGAGCUACCGUCAUGGACCUAGCCAUCCAGAAUCAGCAAUCUCGGUGUAUAGAGUACUUCAGUGCUGGUGGUGACAGUCACCUGACCAAUCAUAUGACUGAUCACAUGACCUGUAUGAAUGGAAGACGUAAGAGAAUGCAACCCGGUGAGGAAUCGGAGCCAGACAUGGACUCAGCCAAGAGACCGAAGGUUGAAAAUGAGCAUGAACAUCCACCGUCAUCCCUUAUGUGUAACCCUAUGACAAGCCUUGGAGUGGGAACCUGUAGUACUGUUGCAGGACAUCAUAUACAAAAUGGCGUGAACGGUACCUAUUCUAAUGGUGGUUCCGUGAAUGGAUCUAAAGAGCUGGACCAGGAACUGGCACAGGACUAUGGUACCGUGGUACCGUGCUGCCAACCCGUGUACUCUAGAAAGCCUAUGCAAUCAGGAUACGAGGAAUCUAGCUCCAUAGAAAUGGUCACUGAGGAAUCUAGCGAAUACCGUAACGCUCAUGGUGUGAAUGGAUAUUCAGAAAACGAUGAUAGACGUGCUGUAAGAUUGAGCGAAAACUGCAUUCACACAAUGUCUACGGGUGUCAUGGAGCAUAAUGCCAUGGUAGAACAGAGUGUAGGGUAUGAUACCACCUUGGAGACUAUGUAUAAUAGUUACGACUCCUACCUGUGUGGACAUGCCUAUUGAUGAAUGUGAACGCAUCUUGACUUCAAUAAGCAGACACCCAUUCAUUAUGGAUAGUUGUGCAUCUUAAGGGUAAUUUUGAACUAAAAUGGUUUGGAUGAAUCUUAUUUGUAAGGAAUUAUGGAGUCCCUUGAAGAUAACGCUGGUACUGGUAUCAAAACAUACUAUUAAGGGGAGGGGGGGGGGGGUGCAGUACUGUAUGUAAUUUGGGCAAAUUGCUCCGAAGUGGUUGUUUGACUUAAAUGAAAGUUGGCUAAAGAAGGAUUUACCUUGUAGACCUUGUAGAAUUGUUUUAUUUGUACAUUUGGUUUUAAGAAGUCUAACUUAUUGUUUAGGGUAAACUGCUGCAAUUUUUAAUCUACCUUGUUUUUUUUAUGAUAUAAAUAUGGACGGCUCUUUUGAAUCAAAAGUAACUCCUACUUUUUGCAACAUUUGUACUUAAUUUUUUUUUUUAGCAAAAUGGGGACAUUCUAGCUUGUUUUUCUACUUUUUAGAAUCCAUUUCUAACUGAUAUCCUUGUGGAAAAUACUUAUGUUCUGUAAAAGAAUGUGUACAUUGCAGUGUGUUUUGUAAAUGAGUAGGUUUUCUUUUUAGUGUCUAUGCAUUAUACUAUUAUUGCAUAAACUUAAGGAUUGUUGAAUACUGGUGCUUGCUGUGCUUAUAUUUUUAUAUGUUUUCUAGCCUUUCAUACUCUAGGCUUAUCCAAAGAAUGAAGUGUUCUUAUUGUUCCAUAUGCAGUAUCUCAAAGGCAAUGAACAAUAAAUUUAUGAUUAGUCUUUUGAAGAUGAAUGUUUAUUUUAACUGUUCACAAUGUACUGCAAGUUCGUUUAUCACAGUCAAUUCUUAAUGUGUAGAAAUAUGUCCAGGGGGCUGUUUUAUAACCUUUCUUGAGUUAAGAGCGACAUCAAGAACGACUGGUGAACUUUUCUUAUGCGAAUAACCAUCGCCAAUGAAUAUACCAUUUACUACAAGAAAGGAUCACCAGCCGUUCUUAAAGUCGAUCUUGACUUACGAACAGCUUUAUGAAACACCCAUCAGAGAAAGUAUUAUGGGGGAUCGAAUUGCCUCAUGUUGAUGUGUUCUAUAUUUUGUUUGAGUGCACCACUUCUGUUCUGCUCGGUGCACAAAUCAUUAAUUUCAAAAAAUUAUUUCUUUAUAUCACUAACCAACCUUAUUGGCAAGCUUUUAUCAACUGAUAAUUAGCGCUUGGUUAUGGGGCAGAUCUUCAUGAUUAAUUGUAUACAAUAGAGUACCGAAGCGAUAACGUCACAAAAAACUUUUUUUUUGCAUUUCAGCAUUUUUUUUAUACCAUACCUCAGCAGGGCAUGAUGAGAAACACCCACUUCCAAAAUUCGAUGGGAAUCGGUCUAUGGGGGACUUACUUAGACCUCAUGAACACCCAUUGAAGUCAACUUGUAUAGAACCUGGCAAAUAAUACACUGAUUUCAAUGGGGCUUAUGUAUUCAUAAGGUCAUAUCUAUUAGAGCCCCCAUGUACCGAUUCCUACCAAAUUUGGGUUGUGGGGGUAUUUGAUCAUGCUCUACAAAAAUAUCAGAGGCCGCGGAAUAGUUUUGAAAGUGCAGGGGCUGAGCCGAAAGUGGGGGAGGGUGCUGACCGUGCAAAAAAUCAUAAUUGGGUCCGUUGCAUUUUGCCAUAAAAUAUGGCAAAUAAACAAAAACUCUGGCAAACAAAAUUAUGUCAUUGAAAAACCAGCUUUUUUCAUCGCAAAGUUUUAUACAACGGGCCCCAGAUGGUGAUUUUUUACGUUUUGUAAAGCCCCCGCUGCCCCUGAAUGUGGUAUCUAAAA